UUUCUAUACUUUAAAGGUUCCCCACGCCCUCUUCGUAAAAGCAGACGGGAAUUCCCAAGUUCCUUGAAUGUUCCAGUGCUAAUGAGAUUUACCGCAUUGGCUUAUCCAGAACCAGGACGAAAUGGAUUCGUCUGGCACAAGGAAAAUGGGUCAACGUGGGUACAAUUACUGAGCAAUACAGACCUGUUGAUAUCGUCAUCAGAAUUGCAGACUGACCUGAUAAUCAAAAAUAUGUCUAAAACAGACUAUGGGCAUUAUCGAGUUACAAUAACGAACGAAAUUGGCAAAUAUGAGUAUCACAUGUUUCUUACAGUGGAGGAUAUUAACAAAGACACAUCUGUCAACAUAACCUUGGACGUUGGUAUUACCCUUAGUAUGCUAUGUGCUGUCCUUUUUGUGUAUGCAAUUAUUGCAACUGUUUUGCUUGUACGGAAAUCAAAAUUUAAAGAAACACAGUCGGGGCAACAAACCACCUUUGUCAACCGAAUCUUCAUACCUGAUGACUUUGCCAGUGCUGGAAGGGGAUACACGCAAAAUAAUACUGAGCCUACCAACGAAGGAUAUGAAGAACCUAUACAUCAGUAUACAGCUCUAGAACGACAUACAAAUGACGACCGAAUGCUGUAUGAUUUGAUUCAACAAACAUAGGACGCGUAUUACGUUUGAAAAGAACUUCUGUGUGUGAAUUCGUAGAAAGAUGCCCAUUCUGAAUUAAAGAAGUGUUUUGUUGCGUUGAAAGACUAGAUUAUUGAAUCGUCUCUAUGUUUCCGUUUAAUAUGUUUUGAUAUUGUUUUUUAAUCUGUGAGGAAGUCCUGUGCAGCAUUAGUUUUUCAUCAUGUUGAAAUCAGAACGGAAAUGACAUAAAUGUUUUUGUCACUGUAUUGCGAGAGUCAAAGUAUUUUACCCUAAUAUAAUAUGUCAACCAUGAAAGGAUGGAUAUAUAUUCUGAUAUUCCAAUUGGGUUGUGUUUAGGAGAGCUGCUCACUUCUUGGCCUGCACUUCAUUUUGUAGUUUCCAUACUCUUUGCCUGUUUCGUGUGUUUUAAACGGCACUGCAUUACUCAAAAGUGAAUAAAAUUGGAGGAGGGGGAUGUAGUUGAUAUUCUACAACAUUCUUCUAAACUAUCCUAUGUUUGAUUAGGGACGCUACGCAUGUGUGUGUAUAAUGAAGAUUUAAACAGAGAAUACGGUUGCAGUGCUUCAUUUAAUUUGUAUAAAUUUCAUUCGUGCAAAUACGGAAUUUAUAUUUAUUUUGUUGUCG